AUGGAUAUCGACAAGAAGUACGACAACUACGACUUCCCCGUUACCGCCGCCGAGCCUCAAGAUGGCCAUGCUGGUCAUCUUACCGAGCAGCAGAUUGCUCAGGUUCACCAGCUGCGUAUGAUGCUCGAGGCUGAGGGAUACACGGCCCGUCUGGACACCUUGACACUGUUGCGAUUCCUGCGAGCGCGCAAGUGGGAUGUCAUGUUGUCCAAGGCCAUGUUCGUUGAUACCGAAAAGUGGCGAAAGGAUACCAGCCUUGACGACACCGUACCUGUCUGGGACUACCCCGAGAAGCCCGAGAUUGCCAAGUACUACAAGCAGUUCUACCACAAGACCGACAAGGAUGGUCGUCCCAUCUACAUUGAAACGCUCGGUGGCAUCGACCUGACCGCCAUGUACAAGAUCACCACCUCAGACCGAAUGCUUACCAACCUUGCCGUCGAGUACGAACGCCUUGCCGACCCCCGACUGCCCGCCUGCUCCCGCAAGGUCGGCAACCUUUUGGAGACUUGCUGCACCGUCAUGGAUCUCAAGGGUGUUACCCUAACCAAGGUCCCGUCUGUCUACUCCUACGUUCGCCAGGCUUCCGUCAUCUCCCAGAACUACUACCCCGAGCGCCUGGGCAAGCUGUUCUUGAUCAACGCCCCCUGGGGAUUCUCGACCGUCUGGAGCGUUGUCAAGGGCUGGCUUGACCCUGUCACCGUUAAGAAGAUCCACAUCCUCGGUUCUGGCUACCAGAGCGAGCUGAUGAAGCAUGUCGAUCCCGAGAGCCUGCCCGUGGAAUUUGGCGGUACCUGCGAGUGCGAGGGUGGCUGUGAGAACAGUGAUGCCGGUCCCUGGCAUGACCCCCAAUGGGCCCGGCCGGCUUGGUGGGAGAAGAAGGGUGACGAAAAGACCAUUGAGAACAAUGGUUCCAAGAUCGAGACUCCCGAAGAUGCCCCUGCCACUGAGCCUGCCCCUGUUGCUGAAGGAGCCAAGGACGAGGCGAAACAGCCUGCUGCCGCUUAA